GCCGCCUUCAGGAUCGACCCCACGCCGUGUGUUUUUCAUUGGUUCACCGCAGAAUGGCCGACACCGAGUUCGAGGAAUUUCGACAUUACUUCGAAAGACUUCCGCAGCAUCUCAAGGCACCACUCUCCAAUUACACGCUUGUUCACGAUGUGAUGAUAGACGAUUCGCCGACCUCGUCGCAGGAUAGCGAUGCGGAGGUCGAGAGAUCUUGCGACGGAGUCGCUGUCGAUUCCGAGGAUGAGGAGGUGGUGGUCAUUCAUCGACACGAUAACCAAAGCGGACAUACUUCUGGAGAUGAUAGCGAAGAUCUUGAUCAUAAUUGUUCCAUUGUAGCUGAUAGCGACUUUAGGUUGGUAACCUCCUUGUUCGGUGGACUGAGCAGCAGGGGUCGAUCAGCAGGCGUCGGUGGACCGGGUCCUGGCGGAGGUAGUACUACCGUAUCCGGUAACGGUGGUAGAGAUAGCGUAGUCAGCGACGUUGGAGAUUCCUGUUCGAGUUUGAGUUCCUGGCCGACACCGGAACAUGUGCCCUCGAAUCGUCCCGGAAGCGGUAGCACCGAGCGCAGACGUCGAAGAUUACCGGAAAUCCCUAAAACGAAAAAAUCUCUACCUAUUGGACAAACGUCUAUGCAAUCCUCGUCGUCUCUGGCAGACGAAUUGAACGCGGCAACUGGUUCUAAUUCCAACCGACCGCAUUUAGUUUUACGAAAGUGUCAUUCAAGGCUUCGUCAUGAGGAUAGCUCACCCGAUAGCGAGCGAAUGGCCACCGACAGUGGCCAUUCUACUGCUCACUCGCCAGAAAAUGGGCCAAAAAGUGUAUCGCCGAUACCUUGUAACACAUUACAGAAUACGGACUCUGUUUCGCCGAGUAGUACACCAGGAAGCGGCGGUGUACCGUUUACUCAACUGGAACUAUUGGAGGCAACGCAUCGAGGAUUGCACAAAUUCGUGCCAAGACACCACGAUGAGAUCGAUCUUGAAAUUGGCGAUCCCAUUUACGUUCAAAAAGAGGCCGAUGACCUAUGGUGUGAAGGUGUGAACCUGAGAACAGGUCGACAAGGUAUCUUCCCCUCGGCUUAUGCGGUCGACAUGGAUUACAGUGAUUUUGAUCCAUCGGCACCAAAAGUGAAAAGGGAACGAUACCUUUUAGGUUAUUUGGGUUCCGUAGAGACAUUGGCACACAAAGGUACUGGUGUUGUUUGUCAAGCGGUUCGAAGAAUCGUCGGAAAUUCACAAGAGUCACCUGUAUCACAAAGUUGUAUCUUAGAAGUAUCCGAUCAAGGUCUUCGAAUGGUCGAUAGGAGUAAACCACGGAAAAAUCAAGGACCUUGCCAUGACUAUUUCUACUCGCUUAAGAAUGUCUCAUUCUGCGCCUUUCAUCCUCGCGAUCAUCGCUACCUCGGCUUCAUCACGAAGCAUCCUACCUUGCAAAGGUUCGCUUGCCACGUGUUCAUCGGCCAAGAAUCCACGAGGCCCGUUGCCGAAGCUGUCGGGCGUGCUUUUCAUCGGUUCUACACGAAGUUCAUCGAGACUGCUUUCCCGAUAGAGGAUAUUUAUAUCGAAUAGAUUAUACUGCUGGCCUGUCGUAUAGCGGCUAUGGAGGAAAAGAUAAAUCUCACAUUCCUUUGUCCCCUGUACAUACUGCCCUUAGUUGUAGAUAACUAAAAGAAAAAAUGAUCAACGCGAAUCAAACACCCAAUUUCGAGCAACUUCGGGAAGCGUCACGACGGGACCGACUAUUCAAUGUCGUCUAAUUUUGUUUUAACAUUUUAUAAUUUAAUUUAUUAUAUUUUAUAUUUCGAUUGUUUCUCGUUUCUUAUCCACUUCCAAACUACUUAUCACUUUCCACUUACGCACGAAUCGAUCCAUCGUUACUACGAACAAUUUCAUUAAUCACAAUAAUCUUUUCACUUUCGUUUCUUUUCAUUUCUGCGAUGGGACGCGGUGACUUGAACUCCGGGUGAAAAAAAUCUUUAAUAUUUAAAUAACUACUAAUACUAAUUACUUACCAGAUAAGAAUUAAUCGCUAACCUUUCGAUCCUUCGACCAAAUAUCCAUAUAGCGACACGUAGAACGAGACAAAAACAGACAAUAGUGUGGAUCGUUCCAAUGUUUUAUUUUUAAAUAAAAUAAAAUCGAACAAUUUCGUUUGAAUUUUUUUUUUUUUUUUUUUUUUUUAAUUUUUUUAUCGUGUCGACCGAUCGAUUUUAUUUCAACCGUCUAAACGUUUCGAGUUUGCUUUCGCUCCGAAUUACGUUUAAAUUAUGGCAACGAAAGAAUAUCGUUUUCCGUGAAAGAAAGAAAACGAUCUCCAAACGCGCCAAGAGAUAUUAUUGUAUUGUAUUUAGAGACACGUCUAUUUUUCUAUCUUUCUUUUUGAAAGAAUUAAUUAUAGAUUGCGUUGUAAACUAUAAGGCUUAACGUUUUACGAUCUAUUCAAUUCCGCGAGCUCUGGAUGAUUCGAAUCGCAAAACGACGAUUGAUCGAAACGCACAUUGGCCUCCCUGAAUCUCGAUUAUGACUAUCGAUUGUACUGCGUUGCAGCGUUUCGCGAACUUUCAUGCAGGACGAAUCAAAUCGCACGCACCGAACGAUGAAAUAUCGAUCUAUAAUAUAUAUAUAUAUAUAAAAAAAAAGAAGUAUAUAAAUAAUCGCGAUUAUUAAUUUGUACCACUCUUAUUCUAAUGUUCGAUCGUGUGUCUCAUGAUAAGUCUCGUACGAAAUUUCUUAUCUAUUAAACAUUUUUUCGAUAUAUUUAUCUUAUAACCAAAAAUUUUAUUAUCAAUUUUUUCAAAUUAUUUCUUUUUUCUUGUACAUAUUAAAAAUUAAUCAAUCUUUUUAACUAUCAUUUAUAUGAUUACGUGCUUGGGAUUUGAUCCACGCUGUACACGUAUUGAACUGCUCGGUUAUACAGUAUGUUAAAUAAAAAUUGAGAGACAAAUUGCAGUGCUUACUCAUUGCUAGGAGACUCUUGUCUGCACCAUCGUCUAUCAAUUAUACGUGCCUUUGAUUGAGAUCGCCUCGAGUAUCGUGCCUUUCCGAUUAUUUUCUCAUACAGGUACAAAUUAAUAUCAUCCGCGUGUGUAUAAGUCACUUAUUCUUGAAUUUUUUCAUAAACUGCAUCAUCGAGUAGAAUAAAAAGGUGCGUGAUGCAAAAAAAACGAAUCACUUUGACUACAUUUAUGUCCGUUACCUCCAAAACUUGAUUAAAAAACGUCGAUUUAAUUGUGAUGAAAAAAAAAAUUUUUUCUCAAAGCGAAACCUGUGUUAUAUCGUUCUUUCUUCUCGAUUUUAAUUUUUCGAUGUUUUUGUCGUCGAUACAUUAGAUUGGGGAUUCGAUUCGAUCUUUCGCUCGAUCGAUAUAUGUAUAAAUUAAGAUACACCUAGUUACAAUUUUCGUAGCGAAUAAAUCCUUGUUCAUCAAUUUUUUUUCUUAGUAGAUACGUAUAAAUGGACAAAAGGCCUUGUUUAACACUUGAAAAAUAUACGCUUCUUUCGUUCGCGAAAUAUCUUGCGAAGCGUUGGCCACUUGUUCUUUUCCAAUAUUCACGAUCCAAAUGAAUCCUAUAUAUUUAGCGGAACGAUUUACUUGUUUCUUAGAUGAAUGCUCAAAGAAAAAAAACAAAAAACAAAAGAAGAAGAAGAAAAAGAAAUAAGAAAGAAACAAAUGUUUAAAAAAGAAUUUUAUGGGGACAAAUAAAAUAUUAUAAAAUACAUAUACAAUAAAAUGAUCGCAGCUCGAAAGAAUAUGAGGAAAUGCUAUCAGUUAUAUGGUGAUGUUUAAUGUGAUAAGGUCUGUAAUACUGUCUUUGCAGGAUGGUCGGUCUUGCAGUUAUUUUAAGAUCCUGUUGUGUAAUAAAUAUAAACUCAUAAUUUUAAAUAUUUUAUUAUCUUAUUGUAAUUUUUUUUAUAUUGGAACAAUUAAAUAUAUUAAACGUGCAUAGAUUCUAUGAAACAGAUAGGACAUUAGGAGUAAAAUACAUUUAAAUGAGGGUUGUAAUCUUUGUAAUUUUCAUAUAAUUUUUACAUAUAUUUCUUUCAGGCAGUAUUAUUUACAAAAAUGUUCCACCUUCUACGAAGUCUUGAUAAUUCAGUCUUGACACAAGUUAUACGUGUAUAUGAUCCCAAUCAUUAUAUUUCUGCUUUCGAUUAUAUUAAGAAAUUUAUUCUUUUUCCAUAUUCACAUUAUUUAUGCUUGCUUAUAUAUGCGUUUUAUUAUAAUUAUUACUCAUAUUAAAUAUAUUUAAAAACAGAAAUUAGAAAAUGAUUACUACAAGAACGCAAUCCAUUAGAUAUAUAGUUAUUAAAAAAAGAAAAAAUAUAUAUUUUGCUUUCGUUUUCUUUCGUUUUCAUUUCAUUAGAGAUUGGAGAACGAAAUUAAUGUUGUAUGAUAAAUUUUCAUUUUUUUUUUUAAAUUCAUUCGUUCCAACUUCUAUGUUGACAUGAGCAACGCGACUGUAAACAUUUUUAUAAAUUUCUGCAUGAACCAUCCUCGUCGUGCACAGUAAUAUUCUUUCUCUCAAUUCUUUUUCUCGAUUUGGAAGAACAGAGGAACGGAAUUCAGUUACAUAUUUUCUAUCGUUCUUUGGCAAUCUACGAAGAGCUAUACACCGCCAAUAUUACAAAUUUCUUAUAAUUUUCAACAUUUCGUGAAAAUCCCUUUGAUGAUAAUAAUCCAGCAUUAUCAUUUAUUAACAUUAAUAUAUUCACAACGGAACAUAAAUAUAUAUACAUAAAAAAAUGGGCAUAAAAUUAACAUAAAAAUAUUUAGGGCGUACGUGAACUUCGUAAAUACUUAAUAUAAUGAUAUAUAAUGAUUUUAAUUAAACUUAUCAUUUUAUUAUGCUCUCGUCCAACAUACAAAUGUAGUUGGAAGUAAUUCGGUGGUGCAUUUCUCUUCAAAGAAGCUCAUAAAAUGCGAAUCACAUUCGCAUAUACCUUAACAGCUACGGUAAAAUGUACACAGUGUUCGAGAAAUUUUCGAAAGCACCGAGUUUUAAAGUUAAAAUAGCCUGUACAAAGAUGUUUGCUCGAUAAUUCGUUUUGUACACGAAAGCGAAUAUAUGUGUCGUUUUUAUUUCAUUUCAUGUUGAUUAAUGGAAUUUAAAACCGAUAUUUCCAACUCACUGUGUGAAAAUAUAUCUUAAAUACAAGCUUAAAGAUUAUAUCUGACGAUAGAAAACGACUCACAUAUUCCAUAAUUAAAUGGAGAUUUUAACUUUGAAUUAUUAGUUAUUUUCGUUAUUCUUAAAAGAUAAAUAAUUAAUAUAUUACUAUGCGGUUACCUUACGCAAAAGCGUAAUACUGUCAUCAUGAAAUUUCAUUUUUUAUUUCUUCUUUCUUACUUCAGUUUUCUCUCUUCUUUUUUUUUUUCUUUUUUUUUUUUUUUACGGAAAACGAGCACACGAUAAAUUGUUUCAUAUCUAUCUUUCCAUUUUUACAAACAAGAUUACAAAGAAGAGACAACCGCUUUAUAUAAAAACUUUUUAACAUUGCUUGAUGCACAGAAUGUAGAUUGCAAAAUUAAUAUUUUAAUUCGACCACACAAUAAUUCGAAGGAUGCCAUUUUUACUUAUAAAGAUAUAUGUGUAGAAAUAUACAAGGAUGUAAAACACAAUUGUAUUAAAUUGUGCUUCGCGUAUGUUAACUUACAGAAAUAAAUUGUAAAAAUCACUUAUGUGCAAACAGCAGAGUAUAAAAUAUAAUAAAGAUAGUAUUUACAGUAUUAUAAGAUUAAAUGUUUAGCGAAUUCUGUAGUGCCAUCUGUUCGUGUCACGUUCUGCUCAUUUAUUAUUAUGUUCUAAUCGGGCAGAGAUUUUGAUUUUUUUUUUUUUUGAGUGAAAGAGCAGACUCUUUUUAUAUUGAAUAACUAUUAUACAUUUUUCACUGCCCUCAAUAAAUAUUAUAUAGAUGUGAAUUAUAUACUGAUCUUAUUUACGAGGCUUCAAGAAACACAUAAAAAUCACUUAUAUGUAUUAUAAUGUUUUUAAUUAACAAGAUAUUAUAGAUACUACAUAUCUUGAUCACUUCAUAAUUAGUUUAAUAACAAUUAAUUGUAGAAAUACAAUUUUUAUGCAUAGUUUGAAACAUACAAAACAAUGAGCACAAUGGCCAGGCUUGAAAUGCCAAAGAUCACAAAACACAUGAACAAUUUGAUAGAUUAAAGAGAGUGACACUAAAUACAGACACUUUAAACUUGCUGUUUGUACUAUAAUGAUCAUGACAAAUUGGAAAGUCUGCCAUUUACUUAACUAAACAUCCCAAUAAUGUAACGUGAAUUACAUUGUAGGAUCAUUUAUAUUUUUACUAACAGUAUGAUAAUAUAUAAAAAAGUUUGAAUCUUUAUCAACAUCGAGCAAUCAUGAGGCAAGGAUAAUCGAAUCCUCUUAACCAUAAAAAUGAGCAUAGUUUAUAUCUCAAGCUUUUCUUAAUAUUAUACAUUUAUAUAUUAUAAUCCUAGUUGAAAAAAAAACAAAAA